AUGUCUACUGAAGUGAAUCCAAUUGAUAUGAAACAAUCAUCACCAACAACUGAUGAAUCAAUGAAAGUAGAUCUAAUGAAAAUGGAUGAUAAUUUAAAAUCAAAUAUUACAUGUGAAUUAUAUGAUACAUUAAUAGAUCCAGAAUGUAAAAAAUCUAAAUUAUCCGAUGUUUGGGAAACAAGUCAUACACCUCCAUUAGAAUGUCAAGAAUAUGAUUCGUUAAAAGUUAAAAAAGAUCUAUACAAAGAUAUUACUACCAAUGUAGAUGUUGUUGAUGAGGAUGAUGGUGAUAAUUUGAAAAAAUUCCAUGAUACAGAAAAAUUUGUAUCAUGUUAUAGACAUACAGAUGAUUAUGAAAUAUAUCAUUCUAGUAUUGAAAAAGAUAUUUGUACAGAAUCGGAUAAUCCUAUGUACAUACCAAUUAAAUUACCAUUGAGUAGUAAUUUAUAUGUUCCAGUAUAUUAUGUACAGUCGAGUGAAGAAACUUCACCUAAAUUAAAUAAACAUAAUUUGGAUUUUAAUGACUCAAAUAAUAUCCAUAAGGAUUCUAAUAAUAAUAAUAAUAAUAAUAUCAAAUCAAUGGUAAGUCAUAAAUAUCGUUUAAAUUCUCAUGAUAACCUAAGUAAACAAGAUGAAUCUCAACGACUAACUAGUGAUUAUCAUAUAAAUAUUAAUAAUCAGGGAUAUGAAAAUUGUUUAUCAAAAUAUGAUACAACUAAGCCAGAACCUAAUCCUUAUGACUUAGAAAUAUGUAAUGUACAAACAGAAUUAAAUGAACCAUUAAUGAAAACAAAGAAUUCAGAGAAAUCGAAAACUAGUAAAUUGUUAUUAAAACAAAAACUACAUUUUAUGAAGCCAAAAUUAAAAAUGAAUAUGAAUAAUACAGAAAAUGAAAUUGUUAUACCGGAUAAUCAGGGAAAAAUGACUGAUGAAAGUAACAGAAUUGAAAAAAGACAAAAAAUUGGUUGUUCACCUAAACUUAAAUUUAAAAAACAUGAACAUCGAAAUAGAAAGGAAUCAGAAAUUAUGCAACAAAAUGAUAAACCUGUUGAAGGAGUUAUCAGUGGAAAACAAUACAAAAUACCUGAUCAUAAUUUGAAUAAUCAACUCGAUGAACAUGUAUCAAAUGAAACAUCAGCAGGGGAAAACAAAAACGUGACAAGAAAAAUGAAAAUGCUACAUCGUAAGAGAAAUGAAGUGAAAGACAACGAAAAAAAUAUUUCAAAAGGAGUACAAAAGAAAGAAAGACGAAUAACGGACAAUAGAGCAAUCAAAGAAAAAAAAACGGAAGAUGAAAAAAUGAAGAAACAAACUCAGAAGAUAGAAACGAAGAAGCGAAAACGUAUCAUAAACCCAUGCGUAAAAUUUAAUACGACUAAAGAAAAUCAGCAAAAAUUAAUGAACAAAAGCACAGAAGAAAGGAAAGAGCCAACAGAUAUAAAAGCAAAUAGAGAAAAACAUGAAAAUAUAGCAAAAAAAGAGAAAAAAGACAUCAAGAGGAACAAGUUCCACUGGUCUCCGAAUAUCUCAUUGCCAAAGUUGAAAGUGCAUGGACCAGAUUUGUCUGGAAAACUUCAUGCAGAUGCACCUGAUGUGGAUGUGAAUGUGACUGGUCCAUCUGUGAAGGUGCCAUCUCUGAAAGCCAGUGGUCAUUUGCCUACUGUCGAUGUGUCCGUUCCCGAUGCAUCGUUGGGAGGUGAUCUAUCCGGUAAGAUCGAUUUGGAGGGUGUCGGUGUGGGAGUUGUGGACGCCGAUUUGAAUCUGCCAGACCUACAGAUCUCAGGAAACGUGAGUGCACCGUCUGUCGAGGGAGACCUAUCCAUGCCAGAUGUUUCCGCCAGUCUGGACACAGAUGUGAAACUGCCCAGUGUGCAACUGACUGGUCCAGAUCUCCGUGUACAUGGUGAGAUACCGGAUGUGGAUGUGGGUGCUAAGGUGGAUGUGCCGAAACCACAUAUUUCAAUCAAGACACCGAAAUUCGGGUUCGGUCUGGGCAAGAAGAAGACGAAAGUGAAGACUCCAGAGGCUGAUGUGAAAGUGGAGGGUGGAGCAGGUGGAGAUAUAGAUUUGGAUGCCGGUUUGGACGCUCACUUAGAUGGUAAAGCAAGAAAGGGAGGUAAGAAGUUCCAUUGGUCUCCUAAGUUCGGGUUGCCGAAGGGUGGUCUGAAGAUUGGUGGAGGUGCUGGUGUUGGAGUGCCGGACACCUCGGUGUCUGUCUCAGGUACGACUGGUGGUGUGGAUGUGUCUCUUCCGAAACCCAAACUCGAUGUCUCCAUGGAGGUUCCCGACGUUGGUGUGUCCGCCUCUGUGCCCGAAAUCGAUGUAUCAGGUGGUGAGUUGGGACUGACUGGGAAGGUUUCUGCACCCGGUGUGGAUGUCAGUGUUCCAUCGAAAAAGAAGAAGUUCACGUUCGGUUGGGGCUCGAAAGACAAGAAGGCGAAGAAGGUGAAGUUGCCCACAGUGUCGGGAGACGUGGAUGCUAGUUUGGAUGUGGGUGGAAAGGUUGAUGUUCCCAGUGUGAAGGUUGAUGUGGACUCGGGUGAUCGAGUCAAAGGUAAGAAGUUCCACUGGUCUCCGAAUAUCUCAUUGCCAAAGUUGAAAGUGCAUGGACCAGAUUUGUCUGGAAAACUUCAUGCAGAUGCACCUGAUGUGGAUGUGAAUGUGACUGGUCCAUCUGUGAAGGUGCCAUCUCUGAAAGCCAGUGGUCAUUUGCCUACUGUCGAUGUGUCCGUUCCCGAUGCAUCGUUGGGAGGUGAUCUAUCCGGUAAGAUCGAUUUGGAGGGUGUCGGUGUGGGAGUUGUGGACGCCGAUUUGAAUCUGCCAGACCUACAGAUCUCAGGAAACGUGAGUGCACCGUCUGUCGAGGGAGACCUAUCCAUGCCAGAUGUUUCCGCCAGUCUGGACACAGAUGUGAAACUGCCCAGUGUGCAACUGACUGGUCCAGAUCUCCGUGUACAUGGUGAGAUACCGGAUGUGGAUGUGGGUGCUAAGGUGGAUGUGCCGAAACCACAUAUUUCAAUCAAGACACCGAAAUUCGGGUUCGGUCUGGGCAAGAAGAAGACGAAAGUGAAGACUCCAGAGGCUGAUGUGAAAGUGGAGGGUGAAGCAGGUGGAGAUAUAGAUUUGGAUGCCGGUUUGGACGCUCACUUAGAUGGUAAAGCAAGAAAGGGAGGUAAGAAGUUCCAUUGGUCUCCUAAGUUCGGGUUGCCGAAGGGUGGUCUGAAGAUUGGUGGAGGUGCUGGUGUUGGAGUGCCGGACACCUCGGUGUCUGUCUCAGGUACGACUGGUGGUGUGGAUGUGUCUCUUCCGAAACCCAAACUCGAUGUCUCCAUGGAGGUUCCCGACGUUGGUGUGUCCGCCUCUGUGCCCGAAAUCGAUGUAUCAGGUGGUGAGUUGGGACUGACUGGGAAGGUUUCUGCACCCGGUGUGGAUGUCAGUGUUCCAUCGAAAAAGAAGAAGUUCACGUUCGGUUGGGGCUCGAAAGACAAGAAGGCGAAGAAGGUGAAGUUGCCCACAGUGUCGGGAGACGUGGAUGCUAGUUUGGAUGUGGGUGGAAAGGUUGAUGUUCCCAGUGUGAAGGUUGAUGUGGACUCGGGUGAUCGAGUCAAAGGUAAGAAGUUCCACUGGUCUCCGAAUAUCUCAUUGCCAAAGUUGAAAGUGCAUGGACCAGAUUUGUCUGGAAAACUUCAUGCAGAUGCACCUGAUGUGGAUGUGAAUGUGACUGGUCCAUCUGUGAAGGUGCCAUCUCUGAAAGCCAGUGGUCAUUUGCCUACUGUCGAUGUGUCCGUUCCCGAUGCAUCGUUGGGAGGUGAUCUAUCCGGUAAGAUCGAUUUGGAGGGUGUCGGUGUGGGAGUUGUGGACGCCGAUUUGAAUCUGCCAGACCUACAGAUCUCAGGAAACGUGAGUGCACCGUCUGUCGAGGGAGACCUAUCCAUGCCAGAUGUUUCCGCCAGUCUGGACACAGAUGUGAAACUGCCCAGUGUGCAACUGACUGGUCCAGAUCUCCGUGUACAUGGUGAGAUACCGGAUGUGGAUGUGGGUGCUAAGGUGGAUGUGCCGAAACCACAUAUUUCAAUCAAGACACCGAAAUUCGGGUUCGGUCUGGGCAAGAAGAAGACGAAAGUGAAGACUCCAGAGGCUGAUGUGAAAGUGGAGGGUGGAGCAGGUGGAGAUAUAGAUUUGGAUGCCGGUUUGGACGCUCACUUAGAUGGUAAAGCAAGAAAGGGAGGUAAGAAGUUCCAUUGGUCUCCUAAGUUCGGGUUGCCGAAGGGUGGUCUGAAGAUUGGUGGAGGUGCUGGUGUUGGAGUGCCGGACACCUCGGUGUCUGUCUCAGGUACGACUGGUGGUGUGGAUGUGUCUCUUCCGAAACCCGAACUCGAUGUCUCCAUGGAGGUUCCCGACGUUGGUUUGUCCGCCUCUGUGCCCGAAAUCGAUGUAUCAGGUGGUGAGUUGGGACUGACUGGGAAGGUUUCUGCACCCGGUGUGGAUGUCAGUGUUCCAUCGAAAAAGAAGAAGUUCACGUUCGGUUGGGGCUCGAAAGACAAGAAGGCGAAGAAGGUGAAGUUGCCCACAGUGUCGGGAGACGUGGAUGCUAGUUUGGAUGUGGGUGGAAAGGUUGAUGUUCCCAGUGUGAAGGUUGAUGUGGACUCGGGUGAUCGAGUCAAAGGUAAGAAGUUCCACUGGUCUCCGAAUAUCUCAUUGCCAAAGUUGAAAGUGCAUGGACCAGAUUUGUCUGGAAAACUUCAUGCAGAUGCACCUGAUGUGGAUGUGAAUGUGACUGGUCCAUCUGUGAAGGUGCCAUCUCUGAAAGCCAGUGGUCAUUUGCCUACUGUCGAUGUGUCCGUUCCCGAUGCAUCGUUGGGAGGUGAUCUAUCCGGUAAGAUCGAUUUGGAGGGUGUCGGUGUGGGAGUUGUGGACGCCGAUUUGAAUCUGCCAGACCUACAGAUCUCAGGAAACGUGAGUGCACCGUCUGUCGAGGGAGACCUAUCCAUGCCAGAUGUUUCCGCCAGUCUGGACACAGAUGUGAAACUGCCCAGUGUGCAACUGACUGGUCCAGAUCUCCGUGUACAUGGUGAGAUACCGGAUGUGGAUGUGGGUGCUAAGGUGGAUGUGCCGAAACCACAUAUUUCAAUCAAGACACCGAAAUUCGGGUUCGGUCUGGGCAAGAAGAAGACGAAAGUGAAGACUCCAGAGGCUGAUGUGAAAGUGGAGGGUGGAGCAGGUGGAGAUAUAGAUUUGGAUGCCGGUUUGGACGCUCACUUAGAUGGUAAAGCAAGAAAGGGAGGUAAGAAGUUCCAUUGGUCUCCUAAGUUCGGGUUGCCGAAGGGUGGUCUGAAGAUUGGUGGAGGUGCUGGUGUUGGAGUGCCGGACACCUCGGUGUCUGUCUCAGGUACGACUGGUGGUGUGGAUGUGUCUCUUCCGAAACCCGAACUCGAUGUCUCCAUGGAGGUUCCCGACGUUGGUGUGUCCGCCUCUGUGCCCGAAAUCGAUGUAUCAGGUGGUGAGUUGGGACUGACUGGGAAGGUUUCUGCACCCGGUGUGGAUGUCAGUGUUCCAUCGAAAAAGAAGAAGUUCACGUUCGAUUGGGGCUCGAAAGACAAGAAGGCGAAGAAGGUGAAGUUGCCCACAGUGUCGGGGGACGUGGAUGCUAGUUUGGAUGUGGGUGGAAAGGUUGAUGUUCCCAGUGUGAAGGUUGAUGUGGACUCGGGUGAUCGAGUCAAAGGUAAGAAGUUCCACUGGUCUCCGAAUAUCUCAUUGCCAAAGUUGAAAGUGCAUGGACCAGAUUUGUCUGGAAAACUUCAUGCAGAUGCACCUGAUGUGGAUGUGAAUGUGACUGGUCCAUCUGUGAAGGUGCCAUCUCUGAAAGCCAGUGGUCAUUUGCCUACUGUCGAUGUGUCCGUUCCCGAUGCAUCGUUGGGAGGUGAUCUAUCCGGUAAGAUCGAUUUGGAGGGUGUCGGUGUGGGAGUUGUGGACGCCGAUUUGAAUCUGCCAGACCUACAGAUCUCAGGAAACGUGAGUGCACCGUCUGUCGAGGGAGACCUAUCCAUGCCAGAUGUUUCCGCCAGUCUGGACACAGAUGUGAAACUGCCCAGUGUGCAACUGACUGGUCCAGAUCUCCGUGUACAUGGUGAGAUACCGGAUGUGGAUGUGGGUGCUAAGGUGGAUGUGCCGAAACCACAUAUUUCAAUCAAGACACCGAAAUUCGGGUUCGGUCUGGGCAAGAAGAAGACGAAAGUGAAGACUCCAGAGGCUGAUGUGAAAGUGGAGGGUGAAGCAGGUGGAGAUAUAGAUUUGGAUGCUGGUUUGGACGCUCACUUAGAUGGUAAAGCAAGAAAGGGAGGUAAGAAGUUCCAUUGGUCUCCUAAGUUCGGGUUGCCGAAGGGUGGUCUGAAGAUUGGUGGAGGUGCUGGUGUUGGAGUGCCGGACACCUCGGUGUCUGUCUCAGGUACGACUGGUGGUGUGGAUGUGUCUCUUCCGAAACCCGAACUCGAUGUCUCCAUGGAGGUUCCCGACGUUGGUUUGUCCGCCUCUGUGCCCGAAAUCGAUGUAUCAGGUGGUGAGUUGGGACUGACUGGGAAGGUUUCUGCACCCGGUGUGGAUGUCAGUGUUCCAUCGAAAAAGAAGAAGUUCACGUUCGGUUGGGGCUCGAAAGACAAGAAGGCGAAGAAGGUGAAGUUGCCCACAGUGUCGGGAGACGUGGAUGCUAGUUUGGAUGUGGGUGGAAAGGUUGAUGUUCCCAGUGUGAAGGUUGAUGUGGACUCGGGUGAUCGAGUCAAAGGUAAGAAGUUCCACUGGUCUCCGAAUAUCUCAUUGCCAAAGUUGAAAGUGCAUGGACCAGAUUUGUCUGGAAAACUUCAUGCAGAUGCACCUGAUGUGGAUGUGAAUGUGACUGGUCCAUCUGUGAAGGUGCCAUCUCUGAAAGCCAGUGGUCAUUUGCCUACUGUCGAUGUGUCCGUUCCCGAUGCAUCGUUGGGAGGUGAUCUAUCCGGUAAGAUCGAUUUGGAGGGUGUCGGUGUGGGAGUUGUGGACGCCGAUUUGAAUCUGCCAGACCUACAGAUCUCAGGAAACGUGAGUGCACCGUCUGUCGAGGGAGACCUAUCCAUGCCAGAUGUUUCCGCCAGUCUGGACACAGAUGUGAAACUGCCCAGUGUGCAACUGACUGGUCCAGAUCUCCGUGUACAUGGUGAGAUACCGGAUGUGGAUGUGGGUGCUAAGGUGGAUGUGCCGAAACCACAUAUUUCAAUCAAGACACCGAAAUUCGGGUUCGGUCUGGGCAAGAAGAAGACGAAAGUGAAGACUCCAGAGGCUGAUGUGAAAGUGGAGGGUGGAGCAGGUGGAGAUAUAGAUUUGGAUGCCGGUUUGGACGCUCACUUAGAUGGUAAAGCAAGAAAGGGAGGUAAGAAGUUCCAUUGGUCUCCUAAGUUCGGGUUGCCGAAGGGUGGUCUGAAGAUUGGUGGAGGUGCUGGUGUUGGAGUGCCGGACACCUCGGUGUCUGUCUCAGGUACGACUGGUGGUGUGGAUGUGUCUCUUCCGAAACCCGAACUCGAUGUCUCCAUGGAGGUUCCCGACGUUGGUGUGUCCGCCUCUGUGCCCGAAAUCGAUGUAUCAGGUGGUGAGUUGGGACUGACUGGGAAGGUUUCUGCACCCGGUGUGGAUGUCAGUGUUCCAUCGAAAAAGAAGAAGUUCACGUUCGAUUGGGGCUCGAAAGACAAGAAGGCGAAGAAGGUGAAGUUGCCCACAGUGUCGGGGGACGUGGAUGCUAGUUUGGAUGUGGGUGGAAAGGUUGAUGUUCCCAGUGUGAAGGUUGAUGUGGACUCGGGUGAUCGAGUCAAAGGUAAGAAGUUCCACUGGUCUCCGAAUAUCUCAUUGCCAAAGUUGAAAGUGCAUGGACCAGAUUUGUCUGGAAAACUUCAUGCAGAUGCACCUGAUGUGGAUGUGAAUGUGACUGGUCCAUCUGUGAAGGUGCCAUCUCUGAAAGCCAGUGGUCAUUUGCCUACUGUCGAUGUGUCCGUUCCCGAUGCAUCGUUGGGAGGUGAUCUAUCCGGUAAGAUCGAUUUGGAGGGUGUCGGUGUGGGAGUUGUGGACGCCGAUUUGAAUCUGCCAGACCUACAGAUCUCAGGAAACGUGAGUGCACCGUCUGUCGAGGGAGACCUAUCCAUGCCAGAUGUUUCCGCCAGUCUGGACACAGAUGUGAAACUGCCCAGUGUGCAACUGACUGGUCCAGAUCUCCGUGUACAUGGUGAGAUACCGGAUGUGGAUGUGGGUGCUAAGGUGGAUGUGCCGAAACCACAUAUUUCAAUCAAGACACCGAAAUUCGGGUUCGGUCUGGGCAAGAAGAAGACGAAAGUGAAGACUCCAGAGGCUGAUGUGAAAGUGGAGGGUGGAGCAGGUGGAGAUAUAGAUUUGGAUGCCGGUUUGGACGCUCACUUAGAUGGUAAAGCAAGAAAGGGAGGUAAGAAGUUCCAUUGGUCUCCUAAGUUCGGGUUGCCGAAGGGUGGUCUGAAGAUUGGUGGAGGUGCUGGUGUUGGAGUGCCGGACACCUCGGUGUCUGUCUCAGGUACGACUGGUGGUGUGGAUGUGUCUCUUCCGAAACCCGAACUCGAUGUCUCCAUGGAGGUUCCCGACGUUGGUGUGUCCGCCUCUGUGCCCGAAAUCGAUGUAUCAGGUGGUGAGUUGGGACUGACUGGGAAGGUUUCUGCACCCGGUGUGGAUGUCAGUGUUCCAUCGAAAAAGAAGAAGUUCACGUUCGGUUGGGGCUCGAAAGACAAGAAGGCGAAGAAGGUGAAGUUGCCCACAGUGUCGGGAGACGUAGAUGCUAGUUUGGAUGUGGGUGGAAAGGUUGAUGUUCCCAGUGUGAAGGUUGAUGUGGACUCGGGUGAUCGAGUCAAAGGUAAGAAGUUCCACUGGUCUCCGAAUAUCUCAUUGCCAAAGUUGAAAGUGCAUGGACCAGAUUUGUCUGGAAAACUUCAUGCAGAUGCACCUGAUGUGGAUGUGAAUGUGACUGGUCCAUCUGUGAAGGUGCCAUCUCUGAAAGCCAGUGGUCAUUUGCCUACUGUCGAUGUGUCCGUUCCCGAUGCAUCGUUGGGAGGUGAUCUAUCCGGUAAGAUCGAUUUGGAGGGUGUCGGUGUGGGAGUUGUGGACGCCGAUUUGAAUCUGCCAGACCUACAGAUCUCAGGAAACGUGAGUGCACCGUCUGUCGAGGGAGACCUAUCCAUGCCAGAUGUUUCCGCCAGUCUGGACACAGAUGUGAAACUGCCCAGUGUGCAACUGACUGGUCCAGAUCUCCGUGUACAUGGUGAGAUACCGGAUGUGGAUGUGGGUGCUAAGGUGGAUGUGCCGAAACCACAUAUUUCAAUCAAGACACCGAAAUUCGGGUUCGGUCUGGGCAAGAAGAAGACGAAAGUGAAGACUCCAGAGGCUGAUGUGAAAGUGGAGGGUGGAGCAGGUGGAGAUAUAGAUUUGGAUGCCGGUUUGGACGCUCACUUAGAUGGUAAAGCAAGAAAGGGAGGUAAGAAGUUCCAUUGGUCUCCUAAGUUCGGGUUGCCGAAGGGUGGUCUGAAGAUUGGUGGAGGUGCUGGUGUUGGAGUGCCGGACACCUCGGUGUCUGUCUCAGGUACGACUGGUGGUGUGGAUGUGUCUCUUCCGAAACCCGAACUCGAUGUCUCCAUGGAGGUUCCCGACGUUGGUGUGUCCGCCUCUGUGCCCGAAAUCGAUGUAUCAGGUGGUGAGUUGGGACUGACUGGGAAGGUUUCUGCACCCGGUGUGGAUGUCAGUGUUCCAUCGAAAAAGAAGAAGUUCACGUUCGGUUGGGGCUCGAAAGACAAGAAGGCGAAGAAGGUGAAGUUGCCCACAGUGUCGGGAGACGUGGAUGCUAGUUUGGAUGUGGGUGGAAAGGUUGAUGUUCCCAGUGUGAAGGUUGAUGUGGACUCGGGUGAUCGAGUCAAAGGUAAGAAGUUCCACUGGUCUCCGAAUAUCUCAUUGCCAAAGUUGAAAGUGCAUGGACCAGAUUUGUCUGGAAAACUUCAUGCAGAUGCACCUGAUGUGGAUGUGAAUGUGACUGGUCCAUCUGUGAAGGUGCCAUCUCUGAAAGCCAGUGGUCAUUUGCCUACUGUCGAUGUGUCCGUUCCCGAUGCAUCGUUGGGAGGUGAUCUAUCCGGUAAGAUCGAUUUGGAGGGUGUCGGUGUGGGAGUUGUGGACGCCGAUUUGAAUCUGCCAGACCUACAGAUCUCAGGAAACGUGAGUGCACCGUCUGUCGAGGGAGACCUAUCCAUGCCAGAUGUUUCCGCCAGUCUGGACACAGAUGUGAAACUGCCCAGUGUGCAACUGACUGGUCCAGAUCUCCGUGUACAUGGUGAGAUACCGGAUGUGGAUGUGGGUGCUAAGGUGGAUGUGCCGAAACCACAUAUUUCAAUCAAGACACCGAAAUUCGGGUUCGGUCUGGGCAAGAAGAAGACGAAAGUGAAGACUCCAGAGGCUGAUGUGAAAGUGGAGGGUGGAGCAGGUGGAGAUAUAGAUUUGGAUGCCGGUUUGGACGCUCACUUAGAUGGUAAAGCAAGAAAGGGAGGUACGACUGGUGGUGUGGAUGUGUCUCUUCCGAAACCCGAACUCGAUGUCUCCAUGGAGGUUCCCGACGUUGGUUUGUCCGCCUCUGUGCCCGAAAUCGAUGUAUCAGGUGGUGAGUUGGGACUGACUGGGAAGGUUUCUGCACCCGGUGUGGAUGUCAGUGUUCCAUCGAAAAAGAAGAAGUUCACGUUCGGUUGGGGCUCGAAAGACAAGAAGGCGAAGAAGGUGAAGUUGCCCACAGUGUCGGGAGACGUGGAUGCUAGUUUGGAUGUGGGUGGAAAGGUUGAUGUUCCCAGUGUGAAGGUUGAUGUGGACUCGGGUGAUCGAGUCAAAGGUAAGAAGUUCCACUGGUCUCCGAAUAUCUCAUUGCCAAAGUUGAAAGUGCAUGGACCAGAUUUGUCUGGAAAACUUCAUGCAGAUGCACCUGAUGUGGAUGUGAAUGUGACUGGUCCAUCUGUGAAGGUGCCAUCUCUGAAAGCCAGUGGUCAUUUGCCUACUGUCGAUGUGUCCGUUCCCGAUGCAUCGUUGGGAGGUGAUCUAUCCGGUAAGAUCGAUUUGGAGGGUGUCGGUGUGGGAGUUGUGGACGCCGAUUUGAAUCUGCCAGACCUACAGAUCUCAGGAAACGUGAGUGCACCGUCUGUCGAGGGAGACCUAUCCAUGCCAGAUGUUUCCGCCAGUCUGGACACAGAUGUGAAACUGCCCAGUGUGCAACUGACUGGUCCAGAUCUCCGUGUACAUGGUGAGAUACCGGAUGUGGAUGUGGGUGCUAAGGUGGAUGUGCCGAAACCACAUAUUUCAAUCAAGACACCGAAAUUCGGGUUCGGUCUGGGCAAGAAGAAGACGAAAGUGAAGACUCCAGAGGCUGAUGUGAAAGUGGAGGGUGGAGCAGGUGGAGAUAUAGAUUUGGAUGCCGGUUUGGACGCUCACUUAGAUGGUAAAGCAAGAAAGGGAGGUAAGAAGUUCCAUUGGUCUCCUAAGUUCGGGUUGCCGAAGGGUGGUCUGAAGAUUGGUGGAGGUGCUGGUGUUGGAGUGCCGGACACCUCGGUGUCUGUCUCAGGUACGACUGGUGGUGUGGAUGUGUCUCUUCCGAAACCCGAACUCGAUGUCUCCAUGGAGGUUCCCGACGUUGGUUUGUCCGCCUCUGUGCCCGAAAUCGAUGUAUCAGGUGGUGAGUUGGGACUGACUGGGAAGGUUUCUGCACCCGGUGUGGAUGUCAGUGUUCCAUCGAAAAAGAAGAAGUUCACGUUCGGUUGGGGCUCGAAAGACAAGAAGGCGAAGAAGGUGAAGUUGCCCACAGUGUCGGGAGACGUGGAUGCUAGUUUGGAUGUGGGUGGAAAGGUUGAUGUUCCCAGUGUGAAGGUUGAUGUGGACUCGGGUGAUCGAGUCAAAGGUAAGAAGUUCCACUGGUCUCCGAAUAUCUCAUUGCCAAAGUUGAAAGUGCAUGGACCAGAUUUGUCUGGAAAACUUCAUGCAGAUGCACCUGAUGUGGAUGUGAAUGUGACUGGUCCAUCUGUGAAGGUGCCAUCUCUGAAAGCCAGUGGUCAUUUGCCUACUGUCGAUGUGUCCGUUCCCGAUGCAUCGUUGGGAGGUGAUCUAUCCGGUAAGAUCGAUUUGGAGGGUGUCGGUGUGGGAGUUGUGGACGCCGAUUUGAAUCUGCCAGACCUACAGAUCUCAGGAAACGUGAGUGCACCGUCUGUCGAGGGAGACCUAUCCAUGCCAGAUGUUUCCGCCAGUCUGGACACAGAUGUGAAACUGCCCAGUGUGCAACUGACUGGUCCAGAUCUCCGUGUACAUGGUGAGAUACCGGAUGUGGAUGUGGGUGCUAAGGUGGAUGUGCCGAAACCACAUAUUUCAAUCAAGACACCGAAAUUCGGGUUCGGUCUGGGCAAGAAGAAGACGAAAGUGAAGACUCCAGAGGCUGAUGUGAAAGUGGAGGGUGGAGCAGGUGGAGAUAUAGAUUUGGAUGCCGGUUUGGACGCUCACUUAGAUGGUAAAGCAAGAAAGGGAGGUAAGAAGUUCCAUUGGUCUCCUAAGUUCGGGUUGCCGAAGGGUGGUCUGAAGAUUGGUGGAGGUGCUGGUGUUGGAGUGCCGGACACCUCGGUGUCUGUCUCAGGUACGACUGGUGGUGUGGAUGUGUCUCUUCCGAAACCCAAACUCGAUGUCUCCAUGGAGGUUCCCGACGUUGGUGUGUCCGCCUCUGUGCCCGAAAUCGAUGUAUCAGGUGGUGAGUUGGGACUGACUGGGAAGGUUUCUGCACCCGGUGUGGAUGUCAGUGUUCCAUCGAAAAAGAAGAAGUUCACGUUCGGUUGGGGCUCGAAAGACAAGAAGGCGAAGAAGGUGAAGUUGCCCACAGUGUCGGGAGACGUGGAUGCUAGUUUGGAUGUGGGUGGAAAGGUUGAUGUUCCCAGUGUGAAGGUUGAUGUGGACUCGGGUGAUCGAGUCAAAGGUAAGAAGUUCCACUGGUCUCCGAAUAUCUCAUUGCCAAAGUUGAAAGUGCAUGGACCAGAUUUGUCUGGAAAACUUCAUGCAGAUGCACCUGAUGUGGAUGUGAAUGUGACUGGUCCAUCUGUGAAGGUGCCAUCUCUGAAAGCCAGUGGUCAUUUGCCUACUGUCGAUGUGUCCGUUCCCGAUGCAUCGUUGGGAGGUGAUCUAUCCGGUAAGAUCGAUUUGGAGGGUGUCGGUGUGGGAGUUGUGGACGCCGAUUUGAAUCUGCCAGACCUACAGAUCUCAGGAAACGUGAGUGCACCGUCUGUCGAGGGAGACCUAUCCAUGCCAGAUGUUUCCGCCAGUCUGGACACAGAUGUGAAACUGCCCAGUGUGCAACUGACUGGUCCAGAUCUCCGUGUACAUGGUGAGAUACCGGAUGUGGAUGUGGGUGCUAAGGUGGAUGUGCCGAAACCACAUAUUUCAAUCAAGACACCGAAAUUCGGGUUCGGUCUGGGCAAGAAGAAGACGAAAGUGAAGACUCCAGAGGCUGAUGUGAAAGUGGAGGGUGGAGCAGGUGGAGAUAUAGAUUUGGAUGCCGGUUUGGACGCUCACUUAGAUGGUAAAGCAAGAAAGGGAGGUAAGAAGUUCCAUUGGUCUCCUAAGUUCGGGUUGCCGAAGGGUGGUCUGAAGAUUGGUGGAGGUGCUGGUGUUGGAGUGCCGGACACCUCGGUGUCUGUCUCAGGUACGACUGGUGGUGUGGAUGUGUCUCUUCCGAAACCCAAACUCGAUGUCUCCAUGGAGGUUCCCGACGUUGGUUUGUCCGCCUCUGUGCCCGAAAUCGAUGUAUCAGGUGGUGAGUUGGGACUGACUGGGAAGGUUUCUGCACCCGGUGUGGAUGUCAGUGUUCCAUCGAAAAAGAAGAAGUUCACGUUCGGUUGGGGCUCGAAAGACAAGAAGGCGAAGAAGGUGAAGUUGCCCACAGUGUCGGGAGACGUGGAUGCUAGUUUGGAUGUGGGUGGAAAGGUUGAUGUUCCCAGUGUGAAGGUUGAUGUGGACUCGGGUGAUCGAGUCAAAGGUAAGAAGUUCCACUGGUCUCCGAAUAUCUCAUUGCCAAAGUUGAAAGUGCAUGGACCAGAUUUGUCUGGAAAACUUCAUGCAGAUGCACCUGAUUGUAAGAUUCCUAUAAUGGACUCUGAAGUUAAUGUUCUUUCUUCUUCUGCGAUUUCUUCUUCUUUUCCUGCUUUUGAUGUUGCUGCUGGUUAUGUUUUAUCUGAUUCUUGCCUAUCUCCUGAAUUUGUUCAAUCUUACAUGCGUGAUUCUGUUUUGGUUUUCUCUGAUUCUGGCAUUAUUUCCCCUGUGGUUACUGUCAGUCCUCCUGUCGUUUCUUCGCCUUCACCUUCUGAACCAUUCGAAUCUGUUGAUUUUCUUCCUGUCGUUGAGGAACCUGUUAUUUCCCCGUUUUCCUCGCCUGAUAUUUGUGAAUCCAGUACUCUUCCUUCUCGAAUUUUGCCUAGAAAUGCUUUUCAAGAUAUAGAUGAAAGCUUUUCAUCUCCUGUUGAUUCUGGUUUUAAUGGUGACAUUUCUAAUGAUGAGGCUGAAAUUGAUGAAAUUUUUAUUGUUCCCAUUCAAACCAAUCGUGUUCUACCGAAAGAGCAAUAUUUUACGGAAUCACAUGACAUUGUAGGUGCUGAAGCUGAAGAAAAAUCGUAUUCCCCUACUCAGAAUUUGAAUGCAUCACAUGGGAUAAAAUCUGAUAAAAGUAAAUUACACAGUCCAUUUCAUAUUUUGAAAUCAAAAAAACAUGAUAAAGAUUCUGCUCAUCGAGUAAAAGUCAUCGAUGCUAACGACCAAAUCUCAAGAAAUACUGAAAAACCUAAUGUUAAUAAUACACUUUAUAGCAUCCCUGAUGGUUCAGAACGUAUUACAGUUGACAGCAAGUCUAAGAAAAAGGUGAAAUCUCAUCAUAAGAAACCACACAUAUUCGGUGGUCAAAUAUCGACUGAUGAAAUUAUUUCAGAUACUCCCAUGAAGCUGGAUCAUCAUGGUGACUACAACGAUUUAAUAGGAGUAUCUGUUUCUGGUCAUAAUGCUGAUCUUGCUUUAACUCCUCGGCGUUCUCCCAGUAAACUCAGAGAUCCCUCUAUUCGGAAAACGUGGCAUGGUGCAAGAGAACCCUAUUCUGACUUUGUAGGAAGUCUCAAUUCAGACCAAGAUGAAUACACUUUAACUGAAGAUGUUUCGGUUAGUUAUCUACAGCCAAGGUCAACCACAAAAUCCUCAAAUAACAAUUCAUUAAACGCUUCUGACUUUCUUCGACGUAGUAUAGGAAAUUCAACAAAACGCCGCCCUUGGAGCACUUUAGAAUAUCCACCACCUGGGUGUCAUUUUGUAGACGAUGAUUACAUGUUUCCAGAUGCUUUAACACCGACUAAAAUUCCAAGUUUUCGAGCAAGCAAGGAAAUAGUUUAUGAUGUUCCAUAUAUCGACGAUAAAGCCAUUCCACGUUAUGAACCUGAAUGGCCUAUAGGUGAAUCAAGAAGAACUUUGAUAUCUCAACUCUCACAGAAUAGUGGUAGUAUUGUUCGAAUGACAGCUGAAGAAGAAAGCAGUCUUAUAUCACUUGAUACUAAACUCUCCGAUCAUCAGAAUAUAUCCAAAAGAAUAAGUCGAUUUACAUCACAUCUUUUGAAAGGUAACAAAUCUUCAUUGGAACAAGAUGAUGAUAAUAAUCAUCGAUUCAGCAUCUACAAUAAUGAUGAUAAUUAUUAUCUAAGUAUAUUUCGUUUGCAUGGAGUCCUAAAUGGCUUGAAAUUCAACUAUUAA